AUGUUGUUCGACCAAGUGCUGGCGGGAGCCGUCUUUGCUAUCCUUAGCACCAUUGGAAUCUGGCAUUCUAUUCCGCUGACCGGAAUCAAUCCUUCCAACUCAUUUUUCUGGCGCAGUCUCGGCUCCUUCGAAAUUGCUUAUGCAGUUCACGAGUUGCGCAGAGUGCACCCUUCCGUCUUCCCCAAUGAUGACGCAACGUCAUCAAACGACCUUCUAUUACAACUCUCCAUCGAUGCUGAACAGAACGAGAAUGCCAGGCUGGCCCUGGAAAAAUCGGCUGAAGCGGCAUCCCUACAGAUCAAUCUACCCGGAGUAACGGCAUCAACUUUUGCCGCAAGUGAUACGGGCUCUGUCUACCUCAACGGCGCCCUGGAAACCGAGCUUAGCCACGAGGAGCUGCGGCAAUCCAAUACUGCCUCGGGUGACAUGCUUUAUUUCACUAUCGUGGCUUCCCUCCUUUUGAUCAUUCUCACAAUCCAGCUGCUGGGAUUUCUGUCGACGGGUAGGAUUGAGCGUGGCGUUGAGGACAUGCAAUAUGAUUAUUUCAGGCGAAUGAGCGGAAUACAGCACCAAUUCAGCACCUUGAUGUUAGAAAUCCGACAGUUCCGUCAAGAAAAUGAACAGGUACGGCCUGUUUUCGUUCAUCUGGCCCAGACUAUUGGAAACUGCUCGGCCGACCUUCAACAUUGUUUGCUGCAUGUUGUUGGUGUGAUGGAACACAAGUACACGUCUGGUAUGAUAGAACUAGACUCGAAGCUUGAAGAGGUUAGUCGACAACACGAAGGCUUGAUGAAAAAUACUGAAAGUUUCCCUCAGAUUCCGAGACAGUUGGCUUGGCUGAACAUUCUGCUAGCCAAAACAAUGUCUCCUGAGGUACCGGACGACUUGCGGGUGAACCAGCCCCCGUUCGAUUUGAGCAAGAGCCCUACUCCCGAGCAGAUGAGUGGAGCUCCGAAAUACACAGCAGAGAAGGUGGUUAGAUGA